AUGAAUCCGAAUCCCAGCGACCCGCCGUCACCUUUCGAGGGGCGAGAUAACAUCACCCUCUUGAACAACCUCCUUCAACUCGCGAGGUCUCCUUGGUUGGUCCCCAAUGACGCCGCGAGCGCACCUGCAAUGCCUUCGAGUCGCUCUUCUAUCCCAAGCUCCGGCAUCAAUGCUGCAGCUGCACCCAACGUGAAUGAUGCUGCCUCCAACGCACUCGCGAGUAAUAUCCUCGCGGCGUUGGUGGGUGGCUCAACUGCUCAAGCAAACAACGUUUCUAUACUCCCCCAAAAUACCCCUAACCACAUUAACGCGCCAGUAUUCGUCAACAAUGCGCCAAAACCUCCGGGUCCACCUGUAGGUUCCUCCACAGAUGACGAGAUGCAUCUCGUUCGGGCGUUGUUUGUCAGUGAGGGUACAGGGCAGACAUACCGCCAAGCCAUCGAAUCUCUUCACGGUGUGAACAAUCACACCUCAGCGUCCUGGAAAGACUACUACCUAGAUCAUGUCAGGCGCAUCAAUGGAUUUGUGGAUAGUCUACGUAAUGCCCCUCGACCGAAGACAAGCAGCCCUUCUAUCCCGAGAUCUCACACGACUCAGGUCAACCAACCAUCCAGCUCUAGACCAGUGAGCAUGCCUUCUGGCAUAGUGACGCCUGUAUCUUCGUCAUCUUCCAAGCCGCAUGGGUUCCACAGUGCCCGUGCGCAUGCCCUCCAAUCGAACCUCUCUUUUCGCGACACUUCGUCCAGCCAAGGCAGAUACCAUACGCGCAAGAACGGAGCGGCCGGAGAACGCGACAGAGUGCAUGCACAAACGAGUGCCAGAGACAGACGAGCGCGGUCUCCAUCCGUCGUGCACAUACUGGACUCAGACGGGGAGGAGUCGGACGAUGAUGAGAUCCAGCUUCCAGCACGGCAGCUUCGCUCGCCGACGCCUCCAACUCGCGUGCAACAUCAUGCUAGAGGUAUCCGCUUUACUGAAGAAGAUCAUACGUUCUUCCUCAAGACGCUCCAGUGGGAGUUUCAGAACAGCCCACGGGCAAGCCGUGAUGAUGUAUGUAGGAAGAUGGCGAGUAAGACUCGCCACCACGACGCCGACGGCUGGUCGAGGUACUGGAGCCGUCACAAAAGUGUGGUCGAUACCAUCCGCAAGACGGCCCCAGCGUCGUCAUCUUUGUCUAUUACCAACAAUGACAAGAGAAAGGCAAGGGCAAACCGUGCGGACGAGAGCUCCGACGACGAAUCGGAAGAUGGCCAGGAAUCAGACAAUGAGUCGGAUCCUCCCACCGACGAGGAUGCUCAGAAGCUGGGCACGACCGGUGACUUAUAUACUGACGUUGAGCUGCGUCUCUUCGCGAAGCAUAUUGCCCGCACACCUAACUGGUUGUCUUUGACGCGGAGUCAGCGAUUUGGCGACUUUCGGGCGAAGGCAUACGCUGCGUUCUAUGAAGGGCGGAAGAAAAAGAUUCACAAUCUGGCCAAGAAGUACAGACAGAAAACGGCAAAGUAUACUGAUGAACGUGUCAGUACAACUAAGAAACCAGUUUCUGCCGCAACGGAGCAAAAGCCGCUUUCCUCGGGAGUCAUACAAAACUCACUGAAACGGUCUCGCGAGGGCGCGGAGCUCCUUUACCUGGACAUCAGUGAGCCCGAUGCAAAACAUCAACGGCUCGGAACCUUUUAA